AUGAGUUAAGUGAUAAUCUCCGAGAAACCCCACCAAAAACCCUUUUGCAUGAGCUUCAGCUUCACCAUUCGCACCUCUCAAAUUUUCUUACACCAACAAUUGUUGUCGGAGAAAUUUGGUUUGUCUCAUAAAAGAUUUGAUCUUUUGCACAUUUACAAUGAGCUCCAAAGAUCCCCACACUGAUUCACUUGAUGCAUUGAAGUUUAAAAUGUCUGCCCGAAAGGAUUCAGAUAAGUUCUUCAUGUCCAUCAGCGAAAGAGAGAAAAAGCCAUUUGAUGUUUUACGUGCUUUGUACGAUGGUUGCAUUGCUGGAGGUGUUGCCGGAGUCAUUGUAGAAACAGCUUUGUACCCCAUUGAUACCAUCAAAACUCGAUUACAGGUUGCUCGUGGUGGAGGGCAAAUUAUCUUGAAAGGUCUAUAUUCAGGGUUGGCUGGAAAUCUUGCUGGUGUCUUACCAGCAUCUGCGAUUUUUGUUGGUGUGUAUGAACCCACAAAGCAAAAAUUGCUACGGUCCUUUCCUGAGAAUCUCAGUGCCAUAGCUCAUUUUGCUGCAGGUGCUAUUGCAGGAGCUGCAUCUUCUCUUGUUCGUGUUCCAACUGAGGUUAUUAAGCAAAGGAUGCAAAUGGGUCAAUUUAAAUCAGCACCAGCUGCUGUGCGUCUUAUCGUUGCCAAUGAAGGUUUUAAAGGUCUUUAUGCGGGAUAUGGGUCUUUCUUAUUGCGAGAUCUACCAUUCGAUGCCAUACAAUUCUGUAUCUAUGAGCAGCUCCGGAUCGGUUAUAAGCUAGCAGCAAAAAGAGACCUAAAGGAUCCAGAAAAUGCUAUGCUCGGGGCGUUUGCUGGUGCCAUAACUGGAGCAGUAACAACACCUCUUGAUGUAGUAAAAACAAGACUAAUGGUUCAGGGAUCACAAAACCAUUACAAAGGCAUUUAUGAUUGUGUCAACACAAUAGUUAAAGAAGAAGGAACUCAUGCUCUUUUUAAGGGUAUGGGGCCAAGAGUGUUGUGGAUAGGAAUUGGUGGUUCAAUAUUUUUUGGUGUUCUUGAGAAGACAAAGAAAAUUCUUGCUCAGAAGCAUCCAAAAGCUUAGGCUCACAAUUGAUUUCUUUUUUUUUAUUAUUGAUCAAAUUGGAUUGAUUUAAUUUUAAUUUCAUGUUUGCCGUUGAUCAUUGAAUUGCGUAAUAUUUCCCUAAAGGGCUUAGCCCAAGCCCCAAAGGAUUGAUAGUAAAAAAGAAAGGGAUUUGACCAACUGGGGUUGGUCUAGUAGUUAGCUCACUAGUCCGCUUAAGCAAGGUGUCUUCAAUCCUGCCUUAUAUAUGCAGCAAUUUGGUGGCAAACUUUUAAAUAGAGUUUAGGUCUACGACAUAUUAAUCAUUCGCUUAUUGGGUUGGGAAUAAAAGGACUUUGGUCAUGUUUGCGAUUUGGGCCUAAUUAUGAGUCCCAAAAAAUACAUGGGCCAGACAGCCUCUAGAUCUCUCUAUGAGAACUAGUGGCAUCAGGCCCAUAUACACAUGAAAUAAUUCAAUGUUGUUUGUGUAGUGACCUUAAUUCCAAAAACAUAUUCCAAGUUUUGACUCCUAAGAGGGAGUGUAUGUAAUGUGUGAAAAAUAGGGAGCGUAUAUGUUCUAUUGACAAAAAAAAAAAA